AUGACUAUUCGGCCACGACUUCAGCAGCUCUGUGGUACAUGGUCUCGGGAAGCAGGCGAGGUUGAGGAGCGUGAUGAAUCCGGAUCGGCCGAGGGAGAGCCAGAAGAAGCUCCUCCAUCCGUGCCGUUUGCCCAUGGCACCAGCAAUGACGGGGCCAAUAAAGGUUCUGAAGAAAGCGGCCGCGCCAUCGAAAAACCAACCCAAAUACCUCGUUCGUGCAAGAAGAACAAGUCGGCCACGACUUGCACGGCUAUCGUCUCGCUCGGCGACGCUCCAAACUCCACCAGCACUCUUGCGCCCAAAAAGCUGCCGUAG